AUGACCGAUCUGAAUUCCAGAGCAGAGGCUCUCGUGCCCCAGUUUCAACUCGAACGAGUUCUCAACCAAGAUCAGGCUGGUCGACGGGCCUCCAUGUACGGCACGAUUGGUGGCCAGCCCGCGCUGCUCGUCGUCGAGAGAGCCCCGUUCCCGACAUCUGACGCGUACCUCGGGCGGCUUCCGCGCUCGCUCGCUCGACUCCAGAAUCUGGGGGCGAAUGACAUUUACAGCUGGAGCAUGGCUCGCACGGGCGACGACGACGAAGAACAGGCCAGGAACGAAAAGGCCGGCUUCUUUGCCGAUCUCAAAGUCAACUUGAUCUACCCGUGCACAGAGUCCCACGUCAAAAAAUACAGCAAGCAGCGCGUGCGGGUUGUCACGGAAACGCCGGAGAUGUACAGGGACAAAGUCAGGCCGUACAUGCAAAGAAAACGCCAAGAGGGACGACUGGACUGGGUAUUCAACAUCAUCGAGGGCCGCACCGAGGUAGAGGACGUCAUGUACAGGACCAAGCUCGGCGAGGCAGGCGACCAGGGUUUCCUCCUCUUGCCAGACCUCAACUGGGACCGCAGCACUCUGGACGCGCUGCAUCUGCUGGCCAUUGUGGAGCGGCGCGACAUCUGGUCCCUGCGGGAUCUCAAGAAGAAGCACAUGCCCUGGCUGCAUGACAUGAAGGACAAGAUUGUCUCGGCUGCGGUCGAGUCCUACCCGACCAUCCAACGGGACCAGCUGAAGCUAUAUGUUCAUUACCAGCCAACGUAUUACCAUUUCCACAUACACAUUGUUCACGUUGCACUCGAGGCUGGUGCCACGCAGGCAACGGGAAAAGCCAUCGGGUUGGACAGCAUCGUCGAAACGCUCCGAGUCAUGGCCGGCGACGAGGAGGCCGGCAUGGAUGCCGUGGCCAUGACUUAUGCUCUCGGCGAGGCGAGCGAGCUGUGGACAGAAGUGUACGAGCCGCUCAAGUAG